GCAGGAGCCCUAGAAAACGAUGUGUAUGUCCACGUAGUCAAGAAAGAGACAACUAAGGAAGACGUGGAGCUCUAGUGUGCUGGGGUACGUGUGAUCUGUGAGCAGCCAUGGAGGAAACCUACCUGCUGAAUGUGGAAGGGGUCAAAAAGAAGAUUCUGCAUGGAGGCCGAGGGGAGCUACCGAAGUUGCAGGACGGGAGCAAGUUCACCUUCCACUUCCAGACGCUGAAGGAUGACUUUGAGCGGACGGUGAUCGAUGACAGCCGGGAAGCUGGCAUGCCCAUGGAGAUCAUCGUGGGCAAGAUGUUCAAGCUGGAGAUCUGGGAGACACUGCUCAGCUCCAUGAGGAUUGGGGAGGUGGCAGAGUUCUGGUGCGACGCCAUUCACACAGGCAUGUAUGCCCUGGUCUCCAGGGGCAUGCGGAGGAUUGCCGAGGGACGGGACCCCCUGGAAGGCCAGAAGCACCGCUGUGGCAUGGGCAACAUGUUUGACUACCACAGCACGGGCUAUGAUGACCUGGACGAGCUGCAGCGGACACCACAGCCUCUCAUCUUCAUCAUGGAGCUGUUCCGGGUGGAGGACCCCUCAGCGUACAAACGUGACACCUGGGCCAUGAGCAAGGAGGAGAAGCUGGCAGCAGUGCCUGUGCUGCACAGCGAGGGCAACCGCCUCGUCCUGCGCAGGGAGUUUGCACAGGCGGCGGCCAAGUACCAGGAGGCCGUCAUCUGCCUCAGGAACCUCCAGGCCAAGGAGAAGCCGUGGGAGGAUGGCUGGCUGAAGCUGGAGAGCCUGGUCACACCGCUGGUGCUCAACUACUGCCAGUGCCAGCUGGAGCUCGGCGAGUACUACGAGGUGCUGGAGCACACCACGGAGCUUCUCCAGAAGCACAAUGACAAUGCCAAGGCCUAUUUCAAGCGGGCAAAGGCCCACGCUGCUGUGUGGAACGAGAGGGAGGCACGGGAGGACUUCCAGCGCGUGGCUCACCUCGACCCCUCCAUGGCGGCUGCGGUGAAGAAGGAGCUGAAGCAGCUGGGGGAGAGGAUGAGGAAGAAGCACGUGGAGGAUCGGAAGCGCUACCAGGGCCUCUUCCAGUCAUCCCAGGGUCUGAAGGUCCGUGAGGGGCAGGAGAGCAGGGAUAUGGGUGAUGGGGCACCUCAGGGUACAGUGAACAUGGGCAGCACUUGGGACUGA